CCUUCUCUCGGCGGCGUUGAUCCGUCCGAUUCCCAUUGGCUAUGCAAAAGAGGGAACGUCGGGAGCGCCAAUGAGCGGCGGCCACGGCUGGAAUCGGCGAAGCUUUGGAUGCCCUUAACCGGAGGGGAAGUCGCAGGAGCGUGGAGAGAGAGCGCAGGAGCUUGUUAAGAGUGCAACAUGGGCGCGUUCGGCGUGAGGCGCUUUCUGCUUGGUAAGGGGCGCGCGUGGGUGGUGGGGGAGGAAAGAGGUACCGGAGCUUUAAUUAAUAGCAAGGUCGGGGAGGGUGGGGGUCGUUGCAAGCUUAUUAAUAGGAUAUGGGGGAAGCCCAGGCCUGUUGGGCGGCUGUGGUUUGGGGUGGGUGGAAGAAGCCAGCUCUAUUGUCCAGGCUGAAAACGGAUUGUGGUUUCUAUACCCUGCCCAGAAUCAAUAUUUUAGAUCAUGGGAGUGAUCAAUAUUUUGGAUCAUGGGAGUGAUAAUAUUUUAGAUCAUGGGAGUGAUCAAUAUUUUGGAUCAUGGGAGUGGGUGCGCCAAAUUGCUUUCUUUUGAACUACGUUUUGAAACAAAGCUCAAGUAUCCUUUUAGAAGAAGAGAGACGUUGCAUCUUUCUCAAUUUUUGCUGCUGGUUGGGGGUUUCCUUAGAGCAGGAACCUAGGAAGCUGCCUAAUACAGAGUCAAACCAAUGGUCCAUCUAGCGCAGGCAUCCCCAAACUCAGCCCUCCAGGUGUUUUGGGACUACAACUCCCAUCAUCCCUAGCUAACAGGACCAGUGGUGAUGGGAAUUGUAGUCCCAAAACACCUGGAGGGCGGAGUUUGGGGAUGCCUGAUCUAGUGCUUUGCUGCGAAAAAUUAUGAGUGUAAUGUAUUAUAUGCAUUUUUUUUUGUCCCACCCUUCCUCCCAGGAGCUCUCAGGGUUGCGUACAUGAUUUCUCCCCAUACCUGUUCAUUCUUGCAGCGACCCUGUGAGGUAGCUUUGGCUGAUGGGUGGUCUAGAGCAAGCUUCAUGGCUGAACAGGGUUUUCAACCUGGGCCUCCCUAGGCCACGGUCAAUACUCCAGCCCAGCCUUUCUCAACCUUGGAUCCCCAGAUGUUGGACUACAACUCCCAUCAUCGCUAGCUAGUGGGGGAGUCAGGGAUGAUUGGAACUGUAGUCCAACAACAUCUGGGGACCCAGAUGGUUGAGAAAGGGUGCUCUAGCCAGUAGACAAGACGCACACCACAUAAUUGUUGCUUUGGUCCUGCUUGCACUGUCUUAUUUUGAUAUAAGUCCUCUCAACCUCUGUGAGCCUCUUGAGCAGCAACCUUUUUCAGCUGUGGGCCGGUCCACCGUCCCUCAGACCAUGUAGUGGGCCGGACUAUAUUGGGGGGGGCGGGGAAUGAACAAAUUCCUAUGCCCCACAAAUAACGCAGAGAUGCAUUUUAAAUAAAAGGACACAUUCUACUCAUGUAAAAACACCAGCCAGGCCCCACAAAUAACCCAGAGAUGCAUUUUAAAUAAAAGGACACAUUCUACUCAUGUAAAAACACUUUGAUUCCCGGACCAUCCGUGGGCCAGAUCCGGCCCCUGGGCCUUAGGCUGCCUACCCCUGCUCUUGAGUAUACAUUCGUAGUUAGCACAGCGCAAGUAGUCUUCCUACUCUUAAGCAAACGUAAAAGUUAUGAGGUGGAAGGUGUGUCAUCUCAAGUUGUCAGCCUAUCCAGUGCGGUGAUCCCUCUUAGCUAUGCCAAGCUAGGCAAAUACUCCUAAAAUGCAAUGCAUAGAGCAGACAUUCCAAUUUUCUGUGAUGAGAUCUCGUUAAAAAGGGGGGUGAGGUGGAAGUGGCUUGAUGCUACCUGCUUUUGCAAAGGCAUCUCCUUUCACAUGUUAAAACAGACCUUUUGCUAGUUAAGAAUAGAGAGAACAAGGAUGGUCAGUCUGCUUUGCUGUGGAUAACAGCUACGUGUUUAAACACACCCACACCCACUCUUUUCUUCUGGACUCAGGUUUUGGAAGAGAUUAAUGCUAGCAGGCAAAGUUCUUUUAGGUCUUCAUAAAAUGACCUGUUGGUUGGUAUAUGUUGGAAUGAUUUGUCCAUGUAGCUCACUCAUGUGAAACCCAUUAACUGUUUUAUCCUGGAAUCGUGCUCAUGGGGCCAGCUACAACUGCUGAUGAGCAGGAUUAUUGGGCUGCAAACAAUUACCCUGGGCUCUACUAAUACAUACGUACUAAAGACUGGAUUUUUUCAAAUGGGAUGUGGUGCUGAACAUAGAAUUGUAGGGUUGGAAGGGACCCCCAAGGGAUAAUACCUUGCUGUGCAGGAAUCUCAACACAUGGUUCUCCAUCCAAUUUGAAACCAUACCAGACCUUGCUUAGCUUUGCAAAAGGGCUAGGAGUUUUAUUGCUUAAGUCAGAGGUAGUUUUAUUGCUGUCCUUUUUUAAAAAAAGAAAGAAAGGCAGGAAGGCAUGUUAGGCAUAUUAUUCUAGUAAUGAACUACAGUUUUUUAAUUAACAGCCAUUUUUAUUGGAAUAAAGCCACUGCAAAUGCAUACUGGUGAAAUGAUAUGUGGUGUGAUAAAUUGUGCUGGUUGGUGCCGUCAACACUGGAAGCAGAAGUGCUUAGUGCCUUGAGUUCCAAGAAGCUUGAGAUACAACACACAUCUGUGCAUGUCUGUUGUGUCUUAAGAGGAUUGCAGCCUGAGCUGGAGUGAAUCCAGUCUUUACAGAACCCUGACUUGGACUCCAUGAAAGAAUAAGCCAUCAGGAGAAUUAUCUCUGUACAGCACCAACUAUAGAAUGAUGUGUUGUCAGGCUGUGUACGAGACCUGCUAACCUGUAAAAGGGCACACAAUGUAUGUGACACAAACCAGUUGGAAGCCCCCCUUGUGCUUUGAGCUCUGGUGACUGUGGUUGUGUGAAUAGAGAGGCAGCACCAAAUUAAUGGCAAAGGUGGGGCAUGGGUGUGUCACGUAGCCUAAUAACAAUUCUUCUCCUGUUGGGAUUGGUGGUGCUCUCUGGCAUCACUUUUCCCCCUUGCUUUAACACGCAUGAAUUCUCUUUGCCAUAAAAGCAGCAAGGGUGAUGCUUGUCUCUCUGAAAGGAUAUUGACUUUUGUUCAAAUUUUGCAUUAUAGGAAUGGUAAGCUGCUCGUUCUUCCUUGCUGUCAACAGCUUAUAUUCUCCCAGCGAUGAUGUUAUAGAGCUGACACCUACAAACUUCCACAAAGAGGUCAUCCACAGCGACAGUUUGUGGCUCGUAGAGUUCUAUGCACCAUGGUGAGUAACGAUUGAGCCACAUCUUCUGGCGAAUAAUUACUGUUUGGGUGUGUUCUGUCUGCACCAACAUUCACCAGCUUGGUGCUCUUGAAAUGUUUUGGACCACAACUCCCAUCAGCCUCAGACAGCCGAUGGGAGUUGUAGUCCAAAAUGUCUGAAGGGCAUCAAGCUCUUAUGUGUGAGUGAGGAGCAGGGCUGCAACUUUCAGUCUUCAUUUUCUUGCUGCCCAUGUUCCCUCAGUGGCCAGUUGCACACCAAUAAAAAGUGAGAGUUGGUGUAUGGGGACCUUGUCUGUUUAGAGUUCUUAGUUGCAUACAGCCAGUGCAUCGUAUUUGCAGGGUGUGGCCAGUGGUAUCAUUUUUCCUCCACAAAUGUUGAGCAUAUGUAUAGGUCAACAGUUGGUUUCCCCUCCUCCGAGAACGACAGCUAUAAUCACCCUUAGCCACUCCUCUGGAGGCUGCAUAUUCGCAAUGGGUGGGGCACCCCAUGAAUACAUGACAUCACCCACACAUAAAGCACAGAGCACCCCCUUAGCUGAUCCCUGCAUUGCCUCUUCCUCACUCACCUGAUGAGCCAGGAGGGUUUGAUCUGCAUUCUCCAUCAUGGCAGGGAGGGUUCUGGUCAUUCUAGACCAGGCAUGUCCAACUCCCAAGAGACUGCGAUCUACUCCCAGUAUAAUAAUAAUAAUAAUAAUAAUAAAUAAUAAUAAUAAUAAUUUAUUAUUUGUACCCCGCCCAUCUGGCUGGGUUUCCCCAGCCACUCUGGGCGGCUUCCAUAGAAACAAAAAAUACAGUAAAAUAUCACAGAUUAAAAGCUUCCCUGAACAGGGCUGCCUUAAGAUGCCUUCUAAAUGUCAGGUAGUUAUUUAUCGCUUUGACAUCUGAUGGGAGGGCGUUCCACAGGGCGGGCGCCACUACCGAGAAGGCCCUCUGCCUGGUUCCCUGUAGCUUUGCUUCUCGCAAUGAGGGAACCGCCAGAAGACCCUCGGCGCUGGACCUCAGCGUCCGGGCAGAAUGAUGGGGGUGGAGACGCUCCUUCAGGUAUACUGGGCCGAGGCAGUGCCAUAAAAUAAUUGGCAGUGAUCUAACCAUUGUCUUUGGAGGGAGGAGAGUGCAUUUUUUUAGGCAGGGGCGUUGGCCAGAGUUGUUGAACUUUCGGGGGGGGGCAAGACUUGUUGAGCUUUUUUUAGGGGGGCCUGAGAUGUUGAGCAUUUUAUGGGGGGUUGAAUAAGAACACUGACUAUCGCACGCAGCGCUACAGCAAACUUGUUUCCGCAUUCCACAACGUUCUCUGUGUGAAAGAAGCAAGCAGAAGGUUACUGAUGUUUGGGUUAUUCCUUCUGAGAAGCUGAGUACAGCUGGUUUAAACUGGUUCUGUUGUCUCUUUCUGUCAAGGUCAUGCUGACUAUAAUAGUGAGGCCAGACGGAGCCUGGGUUUCAUUCUCUCUCUUUCUAUCUCUGUUUCUGUAGCCAUCAAGCCUCAUCAUUCUUACCCCUCCUUUACCAUCUGGCUUGGCAUCCCCUUCAACUGGCUGCUUUUCAUAGAGCUGGCCCUGCUGUCAUCUCUCCUCUCAGCCUUUGCAACACACCUGAUUUAUAAGGUGGUUGUAAAUGGCGCCAUCCCAGCUGCCUCUGCUGUUUUGUUUGCUCCCCCCCCCUUAUCAACACUAAAGACAGACACAAAAACCAGCCUGCCACAUCAGCUCCUGCUGCACCCACACUCCGUGUCUCCACUUGCCACGGACGCACUGAUACCAAACUAUAAAACAAUUGGAAGCCUGUGGUGUUGCUUGAAAUUCAAUGAAUGUUCUUUGUGUUCCCUGUUCCUGCAAAAUAUUCUAAGUGGCUGGAUUCCUGUGCACCUUGGAUUCAAAAGAGUUCUUAAAUCUGUGUGUGUGUGUUUUCUUCUUCCCCUUUAAGGUGUGGCCACUGCCAAAGACUGACACCUGAAUGGAAGAAAGCUGCAACAGCACUGAAAGUGAGUAACCGCAACAUGACAUUUCUAGCGCAGCCUUCUGUAACCUGGUGGCAUUGUCCCUGAUUCCAUUGGCCAUGCUAGCAUGGGAUGAUGUGGGUUGUAGUCCAAGGCAUUUGGAGAUUGGGAGAGGCCAGUCUGUGUUGACUGGCAGCUACUCUCCAGGGUUUUGGACAGGAAUGUUUGCAGCCCUGCCGGGGCAUGGACCUGGCAAAGCACGUGCCCUACGGCGCUGCUGUGGCCUUUUUCUCUCUUGGUGUUUGGAAGGUGGCUGCCUUUUGUAACACGCGUUUCUUACUUGCUUUGAACAAGCGUAUUGUUUUGCAAUCUUCAUUUUAAACACUCUGGAGCCUUAACUUGACAGUUUUGCAAUUGCAAAAGUGGCGUGUGCGAUGUCCCGUUUCACACAGAAGAGCUCCCUGGUUUGUAAGGGAGCAUUCAAACCACAGUUUCCCGAGUCAGAUGCAGCUCAACAAAACUAGGAAGUCCCCUUUGCUGCUGGGUGUGCAAGGAGAAGCGAAGGGAGUGCUUUAGCUUGUUGCUUGUUCUUGCUACAAUAAACCAUAAUUCCUUAGAGUUGUUACAUUGUCUGAAGUGGGCCACCCCCAAGACUGUAGGCUACUAAGCAGUGCAGUCAUACCUCGGGUUACAAACGCUUCAGGUUGCGUUUUUUCAGGUUGCAGACCACCAAAACCCAGAAUGGGUUACUUCCGGGUUUCGUUGGUCGUGCAUGCACAGAUGUGCUAAAUCGCGCUUUGCACAUGCACAGAAGUGCUGAAUCGCAACCCGUGCGUGUGCAGAUGUGGGUUGCGAAUGUGCAUCCUGCAUGGAUCACGUUCGCAACCCGAGUGUCCAUUGUACUUUUAUUUCAUCUUAAAUUCUUCUUACCUUAACGGCAUCAUUGUAGCAAUACCUAUAUUAUUGUAGAUGAAGCUUCCUCAGACUCUGCCCUCCAGAUGUUUUUUUGGCCUACAACUCCCAUGAUCCCUAGCUAGCAGGACCAGUGGUCAGGGAUGAUGGGAAUUGUAGUCUCAAAAUAUCUGGAGGGCCAAGUUUGAGGAAGCCUGUUCUAGAUCUUCUCCAUCAUGUUAUCCUGUGAUCAGGAUGGUUAACACUUACUAAAAUUUGACCCUGUGUUUCAGAAUACAAAUCCUUUCAAGACUGUCCCCAUCAAUGCAUCAUUCCUCUGAUUACAUUUAAAUGGAGAAUCAGUUUCAUACAGCUUUAUUUCUCAUUUUUGGAACUCGGAAAAAGUUACUCUCUUAGGAACUAGAAAUAGCCCUUAAUUGAAAUCAGCUUUAUUAAUGUUCAAGGCAAGCACAUACUCCGUGUUCAUGAGCAGAUUCCUUGACUUACACAUUCAUCUGGGCAAAAUUUAAUGUGUGACAUCCUACAUAGAACCCUAUUAACCCCUCUCAACCCCAUUUUAAAGGUAGUGCUUAGUUUUCAUUCUCAAGUGGAUCAAUCCUACCUCAACUGAAAGUCUCUUUCUUGCAGGGUAUUGUGAAAGUUGGGGCGGUGGAUGCAGAUAAACAUAAUUCCCUAGGUGGUCAGUAUGGUGUCAGAGGAUUCCCCACUAUCAAGAUAUUUGGUGCCAACAAGAACAGACCAGAAGAUUACCAAGGUACUUCUGUAAAAGUGGUGGUUUUUACUAGGAUUGUUGAGUCUUAUACACUUAACUCGGUGUUUCCCAAACUUGGGUGUCCAGCUGUUUUUGGACUACAACUCCCAUCACCCCAGUUAGCAGGGCCAGUGGUCAGGGAUGAUGGGAAUUGUAGUCCAAAAAACAAACAAAAAAAAAAAAAACCCAGCUGGAGACCCAAGUUUGGGAAACACUGAUGAGCAUAUUAAAUGAAACUUCUUAUAGCCCCCUCUUGUUUCCUAACUAAUCAGGCCAUGUAUUGUAAAGGUAAUCAUCACACCUUCUCAUUUUCUUGUACUAAAAUCGCCAGAAGUGGGCGUGGUGGUUAGGGAGUCACAGCUGAGAGAGGAAGGGGUAGCUGUUCCCUCCCCAACUGUGUUCUUUUGACCCUCCUUUAUUGUAACUGGGCUUGAGAGAAGGCUGUUUUCAAGCCUACUUGCAAGGAGGCAGGAUGUUCCACUGUAUCGCAUCUGUGACUCAUUCCUUCUGGCAUCUGUGCUUUCUUCCAGCGCAGCACUGCAGUUUUACUGCCUUCUUGGUGACUGUUGGAAGGCUCCAUCACAUCACAAGACAGUGCUGACAGAAUCUGACAUGGAGCCAGUCUAAACAUUCCUGCCGUCUUUCUCUUACGUUCUUAGGGGGCAGGACAAGCGACGCUAUCGUUGAUGCUGCUUUAAGUGCCGUCCGGUCAAUGGUGAAAGAUCGUCUUAGUGGCAGAGGAGGUGGCCAAAGCUACGGAAAACAGGUACGUCCAGGCAGAAAGAAGCAACAGAUUGUUUCCUUUUGUGAAUGUGUUUUCUAGGCACAUCCCUCAAGCUAUAAUUGGAGAGCAGUUUGGUGAGGAUUGGUCUGCAUUAAAAAAAAAAAAAUGCAUAGUGUAUAAGGAUUUUAAUUACAGGUUUAAAAAGAAUUUUUAAUAAGUCUGGGAAGGUAAGCUGUUGUAAAGUGCAAAGCAGUGCAGUGUGUUUGCCCAUUUAAAACUAGAACAUAAUCACACAUGGCAAACUUAAUGCACGUUGAGGAGUAACUAGCAGGAUUGGUCUUUGCCUGUGAAGUAUUUGUGGCAUAUUGUAUAAGUAUCAAAAUACAGUUUGGUGGGAAGUAGCGACGGCAGAAGGGGAAAUAAGUGGGGGAAAUAAGUGUGUUUUGGGAUCGAUGGCUGGCAAAGAAUGAAAUAGCAGAUGGGGGGGGGGGGCGGCAGGGAUGGAAUUGAAAUGCUUCUGGAUCUUAGUGGCAUCGCCCAUUCAAGGCUUGCAAGGUAAAAAGUCCCAUCAGUUGUCACCUUUAUGGACUUUCCAAAACCAGUUAUUCACCUGGGCCAGGUGGCCAAAAUCGUACCCACCAGAUGUUGGUGGAUCACAGCUCCCCAUCACCCCUGACCAUCGGCCAGUCUGGCUGGGGCUGGUUGGUGUUGGGAGUCCCAGCGACACGGCCGUGGGUGGAGUGGCACCACAUUGGCUACCUCUAACCUAUACCUUUCAAAUAACUCACAUGUUUUGCGAUCUAGGCUUAUCGUUUAUGUUGUUUUUGUUUUAUUUUGCAUCCAUUUUUAUUUUUUUCUAUCAAAAAGAACCAUUUUGUGCCGCUUUCUACAAUUCUGAUACUGCUGUUUUUGUCUUAAGUGAGCCGCCUAGAGAACACGUUCUGUUGGGUGGCCAUAUAAACCUAGUUAAAAUACACAGGAACGAAAGCAGGUUUGUAAAUCAAUUAAAUAGUAAAGAUGCCAUAGAGCAGGCAUGUCCAAGUAGGCUGCGAUCUACCAACCCAGUAUAAAAAACCGGCAGUGAUCUACCACACUCUCCCAUUGUCAUUCCUCAAACACAUAAUAUUUGGCUGAGCGGUGGCGCUGUGGGUUAAACCACUGAGCCUAGGACUUGCCGAUCAGAAGGUCAUCUGUUCGAAUCCCCGUGACGGGGUGAGCUCCCAUUGCUUGGUCUCUGCUCCUGCCAACCUAGCAGUUCGAAAGCACGUCAAAGUGCAAGUAGAUAAAUAGGUACCGCUCUGGCGGGAAGGUAAAUGGCGUUUCCGUGCGCUGCUCUGGUUCACCAGAAGCAGCUUAGUCAUGUUGGCCACAUGACCCGGAAGCUGUACGCCGGCUCCUUCAGCCAAUAAAACGAGAUGAGCACCGCAACCCCAGAGUCGUCUGCGACUGGACCUAAUGGUCAGGGGUCCCUUUACCUUUACUUAUGAUAGAGAAAUAAUAAGAAAUGAUAGUAGCUUCCAUGAAACCUGAAACGUUCAUUAUACUAUAAAUCAAUAUAUUUUUUUAAACACCUGCUUGCCUCCGUCGUUAGUAUGACACCUGGCCUGGGUCUGCAUUUUGUUAACCGUCUGUUAGAUAUCAUGUGAGUCCUGGGUGAGAGCCAGCUUCAGAGAAUCCGUAAGGUGUUUAUCUGUCAUGUUGGAACGUUGCUUACUCUUCAUCAUUUUUAGAUAUGAAAAUGCAGGUUCAUGCAAAUAAGUUGAACCAAAACAUGAGUGUAGAAUUUCGCUGCAUCUUCUCAAAUUAGGAAAUUUUUGUCUAGGCACAAACCUCCAAAAUCAUUUUUCUCUUUCAUGGGCCUUCAGAAAAAUGUCAUUUUUCAGACUUAGUAUCUCAUUUUCAAGAGCUAGUUUGCGCAAUGAGUAAUUUUUACUGAUAGUGACUGCAAUUUCUUUUAAUGUCCAAAUCGGAUUUGAAUGGAAAUGACAUGUACAGUGGUGCCCUGCAAGACGAAUGCCUCGCAAGACGAAAAACUCGCUAGACGAAAGGGUUUUCCGUUUUUGCGUUGCUUCGCUAGACAAAUUUCCCUAUGGGCUUGCUUCGCAAGACGAAAACGUCUUGCGCUUUUUUUUUAAAGCCGCUUGAAGAGGCGCAGUUGCGACGGACCGUGCUUCACAAGACGAAAAACAUCGCAAGACGAAAAGACUCGCGGAACGAAUUCUUUUCGUCUUGCGAGGCACCACUGUACUCUACAAUUUAUUCAAUUUUUUGGAAGUCACCAAAUCUCUUUUUGAACUCCUGAAUAACAGAACCAAUUUUGAUCACAUACUUCUCUGUUUGAAAAACAAAGGCAGGAUUUUUUCCCCAGAUGGUCUUGCAUGUUAGGAAAAGUGACCAGAGGUAUUGAUUGUAAGGUCAGCCAUCAUUAGCUUAAAUUUGGUUCUGUAGGAUGAAACUAUGCUCAUCAAGUCUCUAAUGCAUUUAUUUUUAGGUUCUAGGUUCAUAUCACUAAGUUUACCUGUGAAAACUGCAAGGAAAGCCAGAUCAAACAACCACGCUUCAUCUUCUAACUGAGCAUACUCCUCUCCCCUCUCCUUCAAAAAGGAUAUUAUUUCUUUCAACAAACUGUGAAAUCUUAGCAAAAAUUUGUGCCUACUGAGCCACCUGUGUGUAAAAUUACUUCUGGCUGCCCUUCCUCAAGAGAGAGAUUGAAAAGCUGCCUUUGAAGUGAUUUUCCACGAAUUGAAUUUAAAAUUUAAAAGCUAUGUCCAUGACAUUCUUUGCAUUCAGUCUCUUGCUUGCCAGAACUUGCUGGUGAAUGAUACAGUGAUAUGCAAGGAAGUCAGGGAAAUCGCCAUGCUGUCGACAGAAGGCAAUAAAUCCAUUAACCUGACCUCUCAUGGCUUUUACUCCAUCAGUAGUGAUGGCAGCAAGGAUGAAGGAAUAGAAAGAAUUCAAUAUUUCCUGACCUGUAGUUCUUUCUCUUAAAGAAGCCAUCCCAAGUAGUUCUUCUUUGGUGCCGAAAUCUUCAAAAAUCAUAUGAAUAAAAACUAGCAUCUGAGCCGUGUCGCUGAUGUCUGUAGAUUCAUCCACUUGACGUAAAGAAAGCAACACAAUUGGAUACAUCUUUCAACAGAUGUUCAUUUAUAUUUUUACACAUUUUUUUUUCCAUUCAGUGCACAACCGUGUUUCUCGAUGAUCUUGGAUAGCAGCUGUGAUCUCCUUUUUUAUAUUUAAAACCUUCAAAAUGAUUAUCAGCUAUUGCAAGAAAACACUAUUUCACAAACACUCCCUUCGGUGAAAGGUUUGCCAUUUUUAGCAAUCAGGUUGCUCACCUUGAAGGAUGAAAUGGUUGCAUUGUUAGAAUGUGAGCUGGAUUUUGCUAGUAAUUGUUGCUGAGCAGCUAAUUUUGAUUUAAGUGCUUUGAGCUUAAGUUUACGCAUUUCACUUUUGAGUGGAAAAUCAACAGCCAAUUUACUACAGUGGAGAGCAUUAUAGUGGCGUUCCAACUUACCCUUUUUUGGUAAGGACACUGAGGCGUUACAAAUUAAACAACUACACUUGUCUUUCACCAUCACAAAGGAAUACUCAAUUUCCCAUUCGUCGUGAAAAUGGUAACUUUUGGACUUCUUUUGGCCACUUACUUUUUUUUACAAUAGGGCCUAGGCCUUCUGAAAUAAUUGAUUUAAAAACUAUGACUGUGCAAAGACGGUAACAAGAAACUACGCCUCACAUUUAAAGCGCAAGGAAUCACAUCUUCCCUUUCCAGGUUUCGGAAAUGAGAAUGACAUGUAUUGGUUCCCAAGCCAAGCAAUUGCUGUUUAUGGUUUUUCAUCUCUCGUAAAUUUCUUAAGAGACCUGUUUGCAAUCAGCGACUAGCAAAUCAUUAUUAAUAGUAAUACUGGUGAUGAUAAUAUAAUAAUGGUGUAUAUAGCUUUAUCGUCUUAGCGAGACAGAAUGCUACCUGCUUUGGAAAGUGUGACAGCCUUAGAGCUACCAGACACCCAGACAAGAAGGAAAACCAAUUCAGCUUUUCCAUCCUUCAUUCGCUUCUGCAGGAUCUUCUUUUUUCGCUUGUGCUUAAAUUUCCCCCCCUUAAUUUGAGAAUGGAACAGUCCACUGUUCCCGCUGCCUAGAACCCCCUUAUCUGUGAAUGGUACAAUCCAGUUCCUUGCCAAAUCCAGACAGUGAUUAACACUGAAGAAUUUGAUUGGCUGGCAGAGUGCAAUCUGUACUCCAGUGCCAUUGGUCGAUGCCUCUCUUGACUCCUUCUGUGGCCGAUCUGCUAUUGGGCAUGAGACUUCAGGAAGCGUUCCCUUCUCUCACCCCUCCGAGGUCAUUCAAGUUAAAUAAAUAAGCGUAGAAAAGGAGGGGUGGAGGCCUCGCAACCUAACCCGCUAGGCGGCUAGAAGAGGCUCAUUUUCAGCCAAUCAUUGGCAGUGCUUGGUCACCCUGGCAGUCAGCCCGGAGAAAUAAAACGCAAGUUAUUAAAGCAGGUCAGCCUUGACCAUACAUAUAUUCUCCAGUGAUAAGCAUCAGUGGCGCUUGAUCGACAGACGUCGAAGACCAAUACACCGGGAACAAAGCCGAUUCGUUUUCCUUGGGGCCGGAGUGCCUCCAAUGGCGAUGGCAGCAAAUAAAAGGCAGACUGCAUGGCUGUAGACACAAGGCUCUUCUGGGAGUGGCACGGCUGCCAACUAAUGGGGAAUACGAGCGGGGAUGGCAGUGCCGUGACUAAGAGCCAAUGAGAGACUUUAAGGUUUGGGGGGGAGGGGAGGGAGGCAAAAGUUCUCUUUCUGAGGAGGAAAGAGGACACACACAAAAAAUACCACCGUAGUGCGAUCGACCAAAAUCCAUCUCACUAUCGACGUGUUGGACUGCCAUAGAGUACAGUGGUACCUCGGGUUACAUACGCUUCAGGUUACAGACUCUGCUAACCCAGAAAUAGUGCUUCAGGUUAAGAACUUUGCUUCAGGAUGAGAACAGAAAUCGUGCUCCAGCGGCGCAGCAGCAGCAGGAGGCCCCAUUAGCUAAAGUGGUGCUUCAGGUUAAGAACAGUUUCAGGUUAAAUACGGACCUCUGGAACGAAUUAAAUACUUAACCUGAGAUACCACUGUAUAGACCAAGGAUAGCGAACAUGGUGCCUGCCAGAUGAUGUUAAGAUUACAGUUCCCAUCAGCCCCAGCCAGCAUGACCAGUGGCCAAGGAUGAUGGGAGCUGUAGUUCAGCAACACUUGGAAGGCCCCACAUUGGCUGCCUUGGCAUAGUCACAUGCUGAGAGCGCUCCACAGACUUGUAGCUUGCAAUUGCAACUCCCAUGUGCCCAUGUGGAGUGACUACUGCUAGACUGCGGCAAAGGCGUUCAAACUAAAUUUGAGUCCUUUUGUGUUUUGAACUACAGAGCAGCCGGGAAAGCGGUGGCUCGGGCAAAAAGGAUGUGAUUGACCUGACGGACGACACCUUCGAUAAGAACGUCUUGAACAGCGAAGAUGUCUGGCUGGUAGAGUUUUAUGCUCCUUGGUGCGGGCAUUGCAAAAAGUAAGUGGAUUGAAGGCACCGUUUACUUGCUACAGGUGCAAAGUACGACUCAAAAUUUAUCGGCGGGUGUCUGAAAUGUUUAUUCAGUACUCCGGUGUAAGGACAAUCCUAUGUAUCGCAUCUGCUCAGAAGUGAACCUUGCUGCAGUGGAACUGAACGCAUGGACAGUGUAAAGGAUUGCAGCCUAAAUUGCUCUUCAGCUUGUGACAGCUGAAAAUGAUGAACAUCUUCUGCUUCCCUUAUGCUGGGGUUUUCUCUCUUGAUUUCAGUGCAGUCCCCUUGGUGCCAGUUACCCUCAUGUUCUCCACAAACAAGUCUGGAAAGCUCAUAGCUUACAGAGCAGGGGUGGGAAACCUGUGGCCCUUAGACAUUUAUGAACUACAACUCUUCCUCAUUCCUGACCGUUGGCCAUUCUGGCUGGGACUCGUGGUAGAGGUGGAGUCUGACAACCUCCUGAGGGGACCCCCCUUGCUUUUACCCCUGGUUUAGUCUCACUCUUAUUUCAGUUGUGACAAAAGGUGCUUUAAAAUAUUAAGAUUUUGGAUGCCGCUGCUAAUUAGUAGUGAUCUUUAAAAUAAAAAAGGAACAAACAUGCAAAAACCCCACCUUUCUUCCCACAGUUUAGAGCCAGAAUGGGCAGCAGCUGCAACAGAAGUGAAGGAGCAGACAAAGGGAAAAGUGAAAUUGGCUGCUGUAGAUGCUACAGUGAACCAGAUGUUAGCAAGCCGAUAUGGGGUGAGUUGAGCAGAGCAGUGUUCUUUUCCUCAAAAUACGUGAAAGUUGUCUCAAUUAGGGUUUUGCGGGGGAGUUUAAAAGAUACUUUAUUGAUAAGCACUUUGCUUCAGCAAGUUAAUGUACUGCAUUUUAAAACAAAAGCAGAGUGAGAGCACAGCCAGGAAUUAGUAUGAUUUUUUAAAUGUAGGUAUAUGUGCUCGGACGUCGCUCCUGCUAUGCAGGAAAGCAGCUUUAUGUAGAAAGUGUGUAGCCUCCCAGUGGCUAUCGCUGCUUUGUCAGGUUGGUGCUCUGACUUGUUACCAUUUGAAACCUCCCAGAUCCGUGGGUUCCCGACAAUAAAGGUCUUCCAGAAGGGAGAAGAGCCCGUCGAUUACGAAGGUGGAAGGACAAAAUCGGAUAUUGUUGCUCGCGCUCUAGACCUGUUCUCAGAUAAUGCUCCACCGCCUGAACUCCUAGAGGUAUUCUUGUCCUGAUAAUCUGAUGAAAUGAAGCAAACGGGCCAUGUAGGCCAACUCAUUGUAGGAUGGGAUGGGAUGGGACAAGGGAGCAUGUCUUGGGGAGAGUGAUGGAGCUAGAUAAAGAAGUGUGCUUGGCCAGAUUAGGCCUGUGACACAGGUUUCCCCACGCCUGCUUUAACCAUUAGUAAUUUCAUGGGUGAUGAGGCAUCUGUGUGUUUCUCUCCCUCUCAGAUCAUCAAUGAAGAUGUUCUGAAACAAACUUGCGAUGCUCACCAGCUGUGCAUCAUUUCCGUCUUGCCCCAUAUUCUUGACACAGGUAAAUAAAAGCGAGAAAAAGCUUGUUGUCUCUCCCCACCCACCCCACCCCACCCCAAAUCGUGUUUGUAAUAAGUGCCUCAAACACUUUUGCCCUUCCCCGUCUUGUCAUAACAGGAGCCGCAGGUAGAAAUUCCUACCUGGAAGUCAUGCUGAAAUUGGCAGAUAAAUACAAAAAGAAGAUGUGGGGGUAAGUCACAUCAAAACGCAUAGAAGGGAAGAAAUGCUGCCCGACCCGUUACUUUUUUAGUGGACGGGUCAUUUGUAUUCUGCAAAAGAACGUGCCCCAUUCAGACAUACAAAGGCAGCUAUUAUUAUGAAUGUAACACAUGGGAAAGGCAAUAACUCAGUGAUAGUGUAUUUGCCUUGCAUAUGGAAGGUCCUAGUUCAAUCCCUGGCAUCUCCAGUUAGAGCCAGGAAAGUUCCCUGCCUGAAACCCAGCAGAACCUGUUGCUAGUCAGUACACUGCAAGAUAGAGCAAUGCUCUGACUCACGAUAAGGCAGCUUCCUAUGUUCAGGGGGUCAGGGAUUAGGAUUGGAUGGUAUGCCUGCACACUCCAGCCAGCUUUCUCUCUCUCCCUCCCUCCCUCACCCUUGUCCUGCUUUGGUGUUCCAUUUCACGAGCAUUAACCAAGGUGUCGAAGCAAAGGAAGGAAAAACUAGUUUUUUUAAGGCAUACAGAUGUGAACUGACCUUCAUGUACAAUGGCAGUGAUGUGGGGUUUUUUGCCCCCCAGGUGGUUGUGGACGGAAGCUGGAGCUCAGUCAGAUCUUGAAAACUCGUUUGGAAUUGGAGGGUUUGGCUACCCAGCUAUGGCAGCCGUGAACGCUCGGAAGAUGAAAUUUGCACUGCUGAAAGGAUCUUUCAGCGAGCAAGGAAUUAACGAGUUCCUAAGGUACGGAAAUCUCUGCGUACGUUUUGCUCCAUUUGAUGGUAUCCAAACGGCAAGAACUAUAUGCCUUUCCCCCUCGAGUUUUGGACACAAGUGGUUGUUUUGCAUUGGUAGAAGAAUGCUACUGGACUUGAAAAUCAUUCUUAGGGUUGCUUUUAUUUUCCCAUUAUAUCGGGGCUAAUUUUUACUUCAACCCUUUAAAGGUUACGUGUGCUUGGUUUUGCAUAAACCUUCUGAGCGUGUUAGGUAACCGUUUUUUAGGUGCAGCAAAUGAAAUGAGGAGACCAUAUAUUGCCCACUGGGUGGUGAAAAACAAUUAUGCCAUCUCAGACUUGGUAAUGGUUUGGUAUUUUUUCACCCACUCAAAAAAACAAAAGCAAAUUCUAAACAUGACGGAACCUUCUCCUUUUAGGGAACUCUCCGUUGGUCGAGGGUCCACAGCACCUGUAGGUGGAGGGGCUUUUCCAAAAGUUAACACAGUAGAGCCAUGGGACGGCAAAGAUGGCGAGGUAAGAAGUGCCUUCUUGAACUCUGCGCAUCAGAGCAUUUUGUUUUAGUGCUUGUUUGGGGAUAAACUGUACUCUUUUGGAACCCACUCCAUAGCUUGUGAUUUUGGAUGGGGCGUUCUGGGGUGUCUUCCCCCAGGCUGUCCGUUACCAGAUCAGAUUUAAUAGCAUUGUAAACAUCUGUUCUGUCUUCACGUAGACUAUGGAUAGCCAACCUGGUGCCCCCCAUAUGUUGCCAGACUACAACUCGAGCCAUCUGUCACCAUUGACCAUGCAGUCUGCAGCUGAUGGGAGUUGUUGUCCACAACAUCUGAAGGAGUACUACAUUGUCAUAGACUUUGCUAAAAUCCCAAUUCUCAUUAUUCAUCUAUAGCAGGCACAUCCAACUUCCAAGAGACUGCAGUCUACUCCCAGUAUAAAAAAACUGGCUGUGAUCUACCCAUUGUCAUUGCCCUUUUUAGGGGAAGGAUGCCCCAGAGUUGUUGAGCUUUUUUUUGAGGAUCAGUGAGGACCACACAAGCGAUCACUUUACUUAAUACCACAAUCGACCUGUUGGACAUGCCUGAUCUAUAGUAUUGCCACGUCUCCUGCUGUUUAGCUCAUCAGAAAACCUCUUUUUUUCCCCCACUUGAAGUCACUCUCUCUGAUAUUUCUUUGAUUGCAGUUCUAUUUUAAAGCUUUCCGCCUGUCUUUUGGUCUUACAUUCCAAUCAUAUACUGCUAUAGAUGGUUUUGGCAACUUCCCUGCUUCCUUUUGUGUGAUGCUCUACUAACAAAACUCUUGCAACAAACCACUGUGCUAAAUAAAAAAGUACUCUCUCAAUAUACCGUAUACCUGCUAACUUCAGUUUAUAAAUGUCUCUGGUUAGCGUUUUCUACUUGCUGAUGGCAUUGAGAGUGAAGCAAGUUCACAGGAAGACUGAACCACCUUCCAAUAUCAAAGUUUUAAUGAGCUGCAUACAUCUUUGUGUAUGAGUGAGAGCUGUCUGUUCAAGGGCUGCCAACGUGGUGCAGUUCAGCUGUUUAGGACUACAGCUCCCAUCAGCCUCAGGCAGUAUAGCCAAUGGCAAGUGGAUGGUUGGAGCUGUAGCCCACAAUGCCAUAAAGGCACCACUUUGGCUCUUCUUGCUCUAGUUAAAUUGCAUAUCCCCUAAUUUGAGGACACAUUUAAAAAGGGUGUUGGUCGAGGUGCACAAACUGAAAGGUAGCUAAACCUUUGUUUUAAAGCAAAGAAGUCUCCUGCAACAAUGGCUGGCAUAGAUAAGUCUUAUUUGUGUGUUGGCCAUGUGCGUUUGAGCUUCCUGUCAUGGUUCGAGCACACGGUUUCUGAAUUUGUUCAAAGAAGCACAUGGAGACACCAGUUGAUGCAUCUGGAUACCUGUAAACUUGAUUCACACUCAGCUUGGUUGCCUUAUAGCUGCCAGUCGAAGAGGAUAUCGAUCUCAGUGAUGUAGAUCUCGAUGACUGGGAUACCCAGAAGGACGAAUUGUGAGAGCAGGAAGACACUUUGUUUCUUGAGAGACUUUGAGCAGUAGUUUGACGGAACAUCUCUUUGCAUCCCACGGAUACUCCAGUGGCCUUUUUGCCGAGAGAAGCCCCCUCGGCCAGCUACCGUAAGCACUGUUGCAAGUGAACUGUGUGCCUCUCAAGAAAGCCCAUCUUUAAAAUUCUGUGAAUUUUUUUUUGGUAUCGAGUAAAAUUGAUUGUAUCCUGUGCAACAGAUAUUUGCGGGGGGGAUGACGCUGAUCUUUCAUUGAAAUACUCCUGUUUUAGCUUUUCUCCAGCUGGUAUGUGGUUGACCGUGACCCAAGACUUUGUUUAAAUAGUUUUAAAACGUGAUCUAAUUCUCUCCCCCUCCCCCUCAAAAAUCUAGGUUAUGCCAGCCUUCGUUUCAAUGAAAGAAUAAAACAAAUAUUUUUGACAAACAAUGUCAGUGUUGUACAUUGUAUGCAGCACUAUAUUCUGAUAAGCAGCACAGUGUUUCUGGUGUCAUUACUCGGUAAGCGCUUAACAGCACCAGAGGAGCUAUUUUACUUAGGAUACUUUAGUUUCAUCUCACCUUUUUGGAGCCUUACAGGUUUACAGAAGCACCAUAUUGCUUGAAGGUGUCCUGGGGGGGAAUGUCUGUUGCAGGCAUAACUCUUAAAUGGAUGUUAUUUGGAGUUGGAAUCUUCUAGGAGUAAUGUUGCAUUGAUGCUGGCGAUACGGAAAAGGCGCUGAUCUGCCGUGACUGCUUAAUGGUUAUUUGACAGGAAGAAAAGGUUUCCUAAUACAGCGUUCCUAUUGUCUGAUACAGAACCAGGUAAUCCAGGUUGAUUUGAUGUACAGGGUUUGGCUUUUUUUUUUUCCCUCAGAGGGGUUGCGCAAAGGAAUCUAGGUUUCCAGUAUUAAAACAAAUGUUUCCUUCCGCAAGAAGUACAGAACUUCCCGGUAAGAAAUACUUGACAGCCUUUCUAUAGAGACCUAUCUCUUUUGUGUAUUAUUUCUGCCAAUUACCCUUUGAGAAGUUUAUUAACGUCAAUAUUGCCACUCUUAAAUUAUGUACACACUUAAUUGUUACCUUGAGGUUGCUAUAGUAUGUGCUACAAAUUUACUUCAACUUAGGAAUUAAUCUUGAAUUUGGCUGUAAGAGGGGACACAUAUACUCUGCCCUUGUCAGAGAAACUACUUCCACCAAACUGUCAAAAUGGAUUAGAUUUUCCAGCACUGUAUUUUAUUAAUCUAUUGCCAGCCAAGUUUCUCCUUUUCACCACACAUUAGAUUAGUGGAGGGAUUAAGUAUCUUAUUUAUUACAAGUCCUACAUUGAAACAGCUCACCCAUCCCCAAAAUUAAGAAUCUGAUCUACUGGUUAACUUUCAUGCAAGAGUUUGUACCUUUGACUGAUUCCAAAUGUUACAGAUUUAAGGAGCACUUUUAUCACCUUAACCAUCAGAUACCGCUUGAUUUUUAUUUAAAAUCCUGGUUCAGAACUUUAAUUUACAAAAAAAGAAGAAUAAAUACAACUGUAACACAACUGCCUUGUGAAGCAUGUUUUCUAACAUGAUCAGAAGAGGCUCCAGAAUCUUAAUACUUUCAAAAUGGAAGAGGGCAAAAUUACUGUAUCUGUAAAAGCAGGCAAAGCCUGGGAACUACAAAUGAAUACUUGCUUACAGUUAUUUAAUCCUCCUGCAUGAAAAAAGGCGCCUAUCGCACGGUCCCCUCAGAACUUGGGUUCUUAAAAAAGCAGCUUGGAGUAGAGGUGCUUGCCACAUCAGUUUCAUUGUUCGUGAACCACCAAAUCCUAAAAUGCUAGAGGAUAAAUGAUGCUCCCAAGUCAGGCAAUUAUUAGCUGCACUCAAGAAUACUGAGGUCAAUCUUGAAAUAGACAUAAGGAUAGUAGUCUUGAUUGCCUAGUUGCAAGCCAGGAAUGUCCAUAGAAGUCUGGGGAGAAAGAUUCAACAAUGUAACUAGUGCCAAGCUGCCCAGGUAGGUACAUUAGGGGUUAGGUGAGAAUAAGAUUAUACUGCAAGUUGGAAGGGAUCCUAAGGGUCAUCUAGUCCACCCCCCCACCCCACCCCGUUUUUGUGAUUCGCUCACAGAGCAGAAAUGGCACUUUUCAUUCAGUAGACACUUACAUCCAUUAUGCUGGCUGCUGCUACUUCAUCCAGAUGUUUGAAGACUGCAUUAAGGACGUCUCUCAGUCUCUUUGUGGACUUCUUGUUGGGCUGAAUUAGCAUUGCUUGGAAAUUCACUGGUAGGCCAUACCUUUAUAAAUGGAAAGAAAUGUGGUAAACUGUCAAGCAGAUAACUUGAUACAACUAUUUUGAAAAGUGGGGGAAGGUAGUUAACUGCAAAUCAUGCAGUGAUCCACCAGUAGAUCAGUAAGGGUUUAUGGUUAUCAGUUGUGGUGUAUCAGUAAUAAAUGGGGGACGGGACCCUUUCCAAAUUAAAAGCCUGGGGGAAAACGAGGAGUUAAUAUUUCCAUAAAAUGACUGAGUGUUCAAUUCCCUCUUUGUUCCUUAAGUCUGUCUUGGCUCCCCAGAGCCACUGGUUUUCACUUGGCUUCAGCCAAUGGCAUCUGAAGGCUUUAAUAAUAAUAACAAUAAUAAUAAUAAUAAUAAUAAUAAUAAUAAUAAAGAGAUGCCACAAAUCUGGUCUACUUCCACUAUUUCUGUUGACUUUUUUACUGGCUGGAGCAACCCGGCCAGAUGGGCAGGGUAUAAAUAAAAAUAAUAAUAUUAUUACUGAUUAUG